AUGCUUUCAUCUUUACGUUCUUAUUUGUCCGCGCGGUUCUUCUCCGAAAGUACCGAUGCUCAGCUCAGUGAAGCAUCUGGUACAGAAUUAGAAAAUCAUCUUCAGAAAGAUGGUAAUAUCCAUACUCCAGAUAAAGAUGCCACUUUUGUUGUCGGCCUUAAAGACAUUGUGUCUUUUGCCGUGGAGUCGUCGACGAAAUUUGCUGACGAAUUAAAGACUACUGCUAAGCAAAUUUCUGAAAAAAUUACUUCGUCCGCUCCUUUCGUAGAGUUCGAUAGAGCACAAUCGGACUUUGUUUCCGCGAAGAAUAAGGAAGAGCUGAACGUUGACGGGGCCAUAUCUUCACCAAAUUUUAUUUUUUCAUCUGAUGCUACAGGUUCUGAUGAGAUAGAUAGCCAAAGGCGGCAACGCGUGAAGGAACAGAUUUUACGCCUGUCUCUGGAGGAGCAAAAUUUUCUUCGUCCACCACCACAUGGGUCGUGCUUUCAGUGGAAUCAUCAGCUAGCCAGGCAAUACACACCGAUUGCGGUGGCUUUGCUGAAGGAGGACGCCAACUUAGCUGCCUUGCGAUUUCGACUUGUUCCUCGAAGAGUAAACGAGGAUGAUUUUUGGCGAAAUUACUUUUAUCGUGUCUCCCUAAUAUGUCAGAGCGAAGAUCUCCCAAGCGAAACCGUUCCAUUCAUCUCGAAGCCGGUUACUAGUGAAGGUACCAAACCAUCCAACCAACACUCCGACCAACAGACCAAAGCGGAAGCAGAAAAAGGCACUGGAAAUGGAUCGACAAUUUCUGAAGAGGGGCACCUGAAACAAAACCUUUCUCCUCCUCUCUCCUCACCUAUUGCCCUUAGUCUCGCAUCAGGUAAGCUGCGAUCUUCUGACUUAGUAAUCCUGUCCUCUUUAAAUGUUGCAGACUUGAGCGUUGACUUAAUCGAGGCAGAACUGAUGCUGGAAGGCAGUGAACUUGAGAGCUCCGUCGCUAUCGAUGACAACAUGGAGCGCGAGAUCCUUGCGGAGUUAAACGACCUUGAGGAAUGA